CUUCGGCGGGUCCAGAAUUAGACCCUGACUGUAAACUGGAGAAGCCAGUGGUGCUGCUGGUGUUUUUCGGAGGCAGUUCAAGUUGAAUCAUUAAUUCUACUAAGGUGUUGAACGGCAACCCUCUCUUCCAAGAUGUCAAAAACAAACAAAUCGAAGUCUGGGUCUCGCUCUUCUCGCUCAAGAUCUGCAUCCAGAUCUCGGUCUCGAUCGUUUUCCAAGUCUCGGUCCAGAAGCCGAUCUGUCUCCCGUUCAAGGAAACGCAGGCUGAGUUCUAGGUCUCGUUCCAGAUCGUAUUCUCCAGCUCAUAACAGAGAAAGGAAUCACCCCCGAGUGUAUCAGAAUCGAGAUUUCAGAGGCCACAACAGAGGCUAUCGGAGACCCUAUUAUUUCCGUGGGCGAAACCGAGGCUUUUAUCCGUGGGGCCAGUAUAACCGAGGUGGCUAUGGAAACUACCGGUCCAAUUGGCAGAACUACCGGCAAGCAUACAGUCCUCGUCGAGGCCGGUCCCGGUCCCGGUCCCCAAAGAGAAGGUCCCCUUCACCACGGUCCAGGAGCCAUUCUAGGAACUCUGAUAAAUCAUCCUCUGACAGGUCAAGGCGCUCCUCAUCCUCCCGGUCAUCCUCCAACCACAGCAGGGUUGAAUCGUCUAAGCGCAAGUCUACAAAAGAGAAGAAGUCCUCUUCUAAGGAUAGCAGGCCAUCUCAGGCAGCCGGUGAUAACCAGGGAGAUGAGGCCAAGGAGCAGACAUUUUCUGGAGGUGCAUCUCAAGAUAUAAAAGGGUCUGAGAGCUCAAAGCCAUGGCCAGAUGCCACUACCUAUAGCACUGGUUCUGCGUCACGGGCCUCGGCUUCUGAUCUGAGCCCCCGGGAGAGAAGCCCAGCUCUCAAAAGUCCCCUCCAGUCUGUGGUGGUUAGGCGAAGGUCACCGCGCCCUAGCCCUGUGCCAAAACCUAGUCCUCCACUUUCUAAUACAUCCCAGAUGGGCUCAUCUAUGUCAGGUGGUGCUGGGUAUCAGUCUGGAACACACCAAGGUCAGUUCGACCAUGGCUCUGGAUCUUUGAGUCCAUCUAAAAAGAGCCCUGUGGGUAAGAGUCCUCCGGCCACUGGCUCUGCAUAUGGUUCAUCUCAGAAAGACGAGAGUGCUGCUUCAGGAGGAGCAGCAUACACAAAAAGGUACCUGGAAGACCAGAAAACAGAGAAUGGGAAAGAUAAGGAACAGAAACAAACAAAUACUGAUAAAGAGAAGCUGAAAGAGAAAGGGAGCUUCUCUGAUGCUGAUGUAAAAAUGAAAUCUGAUCCAUUUGCUUCCAAGACUGACACUGAGAAGCCCUUCCGAGGCAGCCAGUCACCUAAAAGGUAUAAGCUUCGUGAUGACUUUGAGAAAAAGAUGGCUGACUUCCACAAGGAGGAGAUGGAUGAACAAGAUAAGGACAAAAGUAAGGGGAGGAAGGAACCUGAGUUUGAUGAUGAGCCCAAAUUUAUGUCUAAAGUUAUAACCGGUGCAAGCAAAAACCAGGAGGAAGAGAAGUCAGGCAAGUGGGAGAGCCUGGUGCAUACAGGGAAGGAAAAGCUGAGGAAGGCGGAGGAGCUGGAGGAGGAGCCUUUCACAGAGAGAUCCAGAAAGGAGGAGCGUGGAGGGGCCAAGAGGAGCGAAAGUGGACACAGGGGCUUUGUGCCAGAAAAGAAUUUCCGAGUGACUGCGUACAAGGCGGUCCAGGAGAAAAAUUCGUCACCUCCCCCACGGAAGACCUCUGAGAGCCGAGACAAGCUGGGAAACAAAGGAGACUUUUCCUCAGGGAAGUCUUCCUUUUCCAUUACUCGGGAGGCCCAGGUCAAUGUCCGGAUGGACUCGUUUGAUGAGGACCUUGCACGACCCAGUGGCUUAUUGGCUCAGGAAAGAAAGCUUUGUCGGGAUCUAGUCCAUAGCAAUAAAAAGGAACAGGAAUUUCGUUCCAUCUUCCAGCACAUACAGUCAGCUCAGUCUCAGCGUAGCCCCUCAGAAUUGUUUGCUCAGCACAUAGUGACGAUUGUUCAUCAUGUUAAAGAACAUCACUUUGGAUCCUCUGGAAUGACAUUACAUGAACGCUUUACUAAAUACCUAAAGAGAGGAAGUGAACAAGAAGCAGCUAAAAAUAAGAAAAGCCCAGAAAUACACAGGAGGAUAGACAUUUCCCCCAGUACAUUCAGAAAACAUGGUUUGACUCACGAGGAAAUGAAAAGUCCCCGGGAACCUGGCUAUAAGCAGGCUGAAGGCAAAUACAAAGAUGAUCCUGUUGAUCUUCGCCUUGAUAUUGAGCGUCGUAAAAAACAUAAGGAGAGAGAUCUUAAGCGAGGUAAAUCAAGAGAGUCGGUGGAUUCCCGAGACUCUAGCCACUCAAGAGAAAGAUCAGCUGAGAAAACAGAGAAAACUCACAAAGGAUCGAAGAAGCAGAAGAAGCACCGCAGAGCAAGAGACCGGUCUAGGUCCUCCUCUUCCUCUUCCCAGUCGUCUCACUCCUACAAAGCAGAGGAGUACCCCGAGGAAGCAGAGGAAAGGGAGGAGAGCACCACAGGUUUUGACAAAUCCAGACUGGGGACCAAAGACUUCGUGGGUCCAAAUGAAAGAGGCGGCAGAGCACGGGGAACCUUUCAAUUUCGAGCAAGAGGGAGAGGUUGGGGCAGAGGAAACUAUUCCGGUAACAAUAACAACAACAGCAACAAUGAUUUUCAAAAGAGAAACCGGGAAGAGGAAUGGGAUCCAGAGUACACACCCAAAAGCAAGAAGUAUUACUUGCAUGAUGACCGGGAAGGUGAAGGCAGUGACAAGUGGAUGAGCCGUGGCCGUGGCCGAGGAGCCUUCCCCCGGGGUCGGGGCCGGUUCAUGUUCCGGAAAUCCAGUACCAGCCCCAAGUGGGCCCACGAUAAGUUCAGUGGCGAGGAAGGAGAGAUUGAAGACGAUGAGAGUGGGACAGAGAACCGGGAAGACAAGGACGGUCUGCAGCCCACAGCUGAGUAGGGCCGCUCUUGAUGGAGCCCUGGCCCAGGGAGAGAGGCGCUGGGAGAGUCUGGUGGAGCUAAACAGGGAGCCUCAAGAAGAUCCUGCAAAUCCCACCCCACAACCCACCAGCCAAACAGAACCUACAACAGCAGAGUACACAUCCCUGGUGCUGUCCCACUGGACAGAGGACACUGGCCCCAGAGCCUAGGAUCAGGCCCAUGUUUUGAGCAGCCCACAACACACUGGGCUCCCGCUGUUUCUUGUUUGUUGUUGGUGUGUGGGGUGGGGGCAGGGUAGGGAGAAUGAUGCUGAUGCUUGGGUUUUUUGUUUGUUUGGUUUUGUUUUCCUUUCCCUAUUAGAAACCCAAGUUUCCUUAAUUUCGUUUGGAACUAAGAGGAUGAACUUGGUUUUCAGUCUUUUCCUGUCCUGAUUUUUAAAAGGCCCUUAUAUUUCUCUUUUUGUUCUUUUUCUUUUCUUUUUACAGGAUAUGUAGUAUAUUAGCAGAAAGAUUUAAUUUGGGCAACUUUGAUUCUUAAAGCAUGUGAAUAAACAUUGCCGUGUUCGCUUCA